CCUGACAUGACAGCCUGUGCUAGCCGCGCCAUUCUUGCCCUGCGCGCAUACCAUCCCGCCAAGCUUGAAUCCCCGCGUCGGAUUCCCCCAGUCUCUGCACCUGUGCGCUGCGUGCUGCGCUGAGCUCUCCGCGCGCCGUUCCGCGCUAGCCGGUCAUGCUUGCCCGAGCAGCGGCGCGCCUCACCUCCCUCGUUUCCUCUCCGCUGGCAUCCAGCUCCACCUCCCUCCUCGCCUCUUCUCCCUCUCUCCGCGCCGUCUCUCUCCCCGCACUCGCUCCCCUUCUCCCGCACACUCCGCCACGCGUUUCCACGCCUUCCCCCUGCCCCUCCGCCGUGCCGCAUCGCGCCAUGGCCACGUCAUCCGCCCCUGAGAUCCCGGCGACGCAGCGCGCAGCUACAGUGCUCGCAUUCGAGGGGCCCAAGCGACUCGCAGACAACCUGCGGCUCGUCGCAGACAAGCCCGUCCCCAGCCUCGGCCCGAACCAGGUCCUUGUUCGGAUGCAGCUUCGGCCCGUGAAUCCCGCGGACGGCCUCUGCGCCAUGGGCUACUACCCGGGAUUCGCGCCGGCAAGCGCGCUCCCCGCAACUCUCGGGCUCGAGGGCAUGGGGGUCGUCGCGGCGCUGGGCGAGGCGGCAGCACAAUCGGCGCCGGAUCUAGCGGUGGGGCGGCGCGUGGUGCCGCUGCUGGCGCUGGGCGCGCUGGAGGCGGGCAACGGCGCGUGGCAGGAGUACCUGGCGGUGGACGCGGCGCAUGUGGCGGCAGUGCCCGCGGGGGUGAGCGACGAGGACGCGGCGCAACUGGCGGUGAACCCGCUGACCGUGGUGGGCAUGCUGCGCGAAGUGAAUGUGCCGCGGGGAGAGUACGUGGUGCAGACGCAGGCGGGGUCGACGCUGGGCCGCAUGCUCAUCCAGGUGGCGCGCGCGCGCGGCAUCAAGACCAUCAACGUCGUGCGCCGGGCCGCCCAGGCCGCCGAGCUCAAGGCGCUGGGCGCCGAUGAGGUGAUUUGCUCCACGGACGAGAAUGUGGCAGAGAGGGUGGCGGCCAUCACGGGGGGGCGCAUGGCGCAUGCUGCGGUGGAGAGUGUGGCGGGCGACCUCACCGGCGCCGUGCUCUCCUCCGUGCGUGCGGGCGGCACCGUGCUCAUGUUUGGCGGCGCCUCUGGGGCGAGCUUCACCGGCUCCAUUGGGGACUUCAUCUUCAGGGAUGUGACGCUGAAGGGCUUCUGGGUGGGUCGUUUCUUGAAGGCGCUGAGCCACGAGGAGCGGCAAGCAAUGGCGAAGGAGGCAUUUGAUUUGAUAGCGGGCGGCACAGUGACCCCGUUCACCGGGGACAAGAUGGACCUUGGCGAAUUCGCUGCUGCGCUCAAGAACCAAAUGGUGGAGAACCGCCAAGGAAAGAUCCUCCUUUAUGGGUAGAUGUGAAUAUGAUUGGCAAGAUACAUUAUAUUGGAGAUCUCAUUAUUUGGACAAUACUUAUAAUGGGUCUACUUCUUGUAGCUGUUCAUGGCUUUCUGUUCACCUGGUUCGUUACAAUUCCCUUCGUCAU